CAUCUGAUCGCCACUUCAGAUCUUGACAUCUGAAGCAUGACGGCUGUAACGCUUUCAGCCAUAAGCUGAGACGAUAUUUCAAACAUGAGGUUGACUAAAGUACACACAUAAACUACACUGCACUGCCCACGGGUGCAGCUAGGAUUUGCUCAGCUCUUCUGCCUUUCUCUCUCUCUCUUUUCUUUUAUGAGUUGAUCUCGUCAUUUGUUACCAUUUACGUUCACUUCAAAUUUGCGGUUUCUUGUGGCAGGCCACGACUUACGGGUUUUAAUACAUCACUGGUUUUUUGGGGGGUCUUUUUUACUGUUCAUUUUUUUGGACUAUCCAUUCAAAAUGUCCGUUACCAAAGGUCUCACGCCUUGGCGGCUGCUCGUCCUUUUGAUUGCAGCUCUUCAAGUCACUGCCUCUUCGGUUGAUGGCUUCGUGCAGGCUCUCGCACCACGACAGAGUCCCAGCGCUAACACCAACGCCCUCCUCAAUCCAAUCUGCCAGAACUACGCAAAGGUCGCCAAUCUAUCUACCAUCGGCCUCAACUCAACAUACCGUGCAGCGUUCCUGCGUUCAGCUCCGAUGGGCACCGACGCUGCCUCUAGCAUCCUCGAUACACAGUCGCCGAAGUUGAUGGGCAUGAUGUUCGACAAAAACCUGAACGAGCAGUGCGGAAACUUGAGCACAAUUGCACUCGCAGAGGCAGCCAAUAACUUCACCAGAGGCAUUGUGGCGGACCUCACUAUACAGCCUGCUCCUGGUAUUGGUGUCAUUGGACCUGAGACACCCCUUGUCGUUAUAGCAAUUAUCCUCAUGUUUGGCGGCAUGUUCAUUUCAUUAUAAGUGGUUGAACGACAUAUCCAAGCUGCUGGUGUCAUGUUGACGGAAUAGAAAUCUUAUUGGCAAAUUGGUGGCGGUUAUGCAGAGAAGAGCCAACAGCGGCUAAGUACUUCGAGAAACGGACAGGGGUGGAAUUCGCUGAGUAUGUACAUAUUUGUACAAAUACCUACGCAUCGGUACAUGCAGCUUCGUUCUGUACCGCAUGCUUCAACGUGUAGCAAUAGACCCAACGUGGACGUCCCCAUGCCUCGUGUGUCUGACCGUAAAUAAGUCACUUCGCAGAGAAUGUUCGAUUAAAU